AUGUCGUCAGCUCCUAACGAUAUAACUAGAACCAUAUCUACUGUUACGUCUGGAACAGACAAUGAGUCCACGUACUUCACAGAUGCGAAUUCCCACCUGAGUGAAUCAAUUCGCUCCGGUUCUUCGAAAGAGCCACUCGACAAUGUGAACGACGAGUCUGCUGGAAAGGAGUCAGAGACCAGUGAUCGUCUCUCUCCACAAGCAACGAUCACAGGUGUCCAAGAAAACGAAAACCCUGAUACAACUGUUCAAUCUGUCCCAGGUGGAUCAUCGCCGGCUGAAGCUAGAAAAAUCAACGAGGCAGAUCUCGCGGAUAAUAUCGAGAAUAAAGAAACUCCCGUUGGUGGGCAGGAGCAAGCUUCCGCAGUGAUCCAAGAAGAACCAAAAAAGGCAUUUGUCGAACCAGAUGUGCCAAAAAGAGGUGGCUAUCAAAGAGAUGAAAGUGAGUGUCACGAGUACUACUUCACUGUCUGCUGUUGCUCAGAUGUGGACGUCGACUCCGGCAACAUUUUCACCACUUGUAUGACAUGCUUCGUCUCCUCGGUUCUGAGCUUGUGCACAAGUGCAGCUACCAAAAUAUAA